UGGUUGUUGUUGGCGGCGGCGGCGGGCGGACGGAGGGAGGGCCGGCUGCGUGUGUCCCGCCGGUGCUGGGAUCAGGGAGAGUGACCGGGCCCCUCUCCCCCCACAGGGGGACGCCAUGUCGGGUCCAGGUCAGAAAACCGAGAGCCGCGCCAUCCCCACCCCCACCCGCCGGGUGAUGGUCACCGACUCGGGCCAGUUACCACCCGAUUACAGCACCACCCCCGGGGGCACCCUGUUCAGCACCACCCCAGGAGGUACCCGCAUUAUUUAUGACCGUAAAUUCCUUAUGGAAUGCCGCAACUCUCCAGUUGCCAAGACUCCUCCGCGUGAUCUUCCAAACAUUCCGGGUGUCACAAGUCCAAAUGCAACAGAGAAGGUGAAACCAGCAACAAACCAUGUGAACAGUCAUGAGGAGAAGGCAGCUGGUGGAGAUGAUGCCCAAUUUGAGAUGGACAUUUAAGGCGCACCACAUGCUUUUCUUCAGAAAGUUUGACCCUGGAUCCUCUUCAAUUGGGCUUAUUGGUCAGCCCAGGUAUUUCUGCAAGUCACCAGCUCGACUUCAAAAUAAAAGAAAAAUGCAAGGUGCUCCUGCCACUGAUGGACCUGGCUACAGACAACAACAUGUUCUGCAAAUACUGUGAAAAGUAUUGUGUACCAUGUGAGAUACAUGGUAGAAUAUCCACUGAUCUCACUGGCAACAGCCAUUGUAAAGCUGGGGCAUCUCUCAGCUUCUUCAUCUCUUUAACCUGCCUUGAAAAAUUGUACGCCUUUAAUCAGUCAAGGUGAAAGGUAAUCCUUUUGAAGGUGUAAUUUUUGGAGGGAAGAUAGAGCAAGAGAGAGAGAACCAACAAAAUAAAGUGAAAUUUACUCA